AUGGGGCACUAUUCCUCCUCCCCACUGACACCAACCAUGGGGCACUAUUCCUCCUCCCCACUGACACCAACGAUGGGGCACUAUUCCUCCCCCACUGACACCAAUGAUGGGACACUAUUCUCCCCACUGACACCAAUGAUGGGGCACUAUUCCUUCCACUGACACCACACUGACACUAAUGAUGGGGCACUAUUCCUCCCACUGACACUAAUGAUGGGACACUAUUCCUCACACACUGACACUAAUGAUGGGGCACUAUUCCUCCCACUGACACUAAUGAUGGGACACUAUUUUUCACAC